CUGCAGCGGGACGGGGCCGGAACGAGAGACGGAGCCGGCGUGACAGGCGGCCGGCCGGGCCCACAGGGCGACGGGCAGCCGGGCGCUGUGCUGGCAGCUUCCCGCGGGCUCAGGGUAAUACAUUGGUGCACAGUUGAAACCAUGGAGUCCAUGCUGAAUAAAUUGAAGAGUACCGUUACAAAGGUAACGGCUGAUGUCACCAGUGCGGUCAUGGGAAACCCUGUUACCAGGGAAUUUGAUGUGGGCCGUCAUAUUGCCAGUGGAGGUAACGGUCUUGCAUGGAAGAUAUUUAAUGGAACUAAAAAAUCAACAAAACAGGAAGUGGCUGUUUUUGUCUUUGAUAAGAAGCUAAUAGACAAGUAUCAAAAAUUUGAAAAAGAUCAGAUUAUUGACUCUUUAAAACGAGGUGUUCAACAGCUAACCAGGCUUCGACACCCUCGACUACUUACUGUUCAACAUCCAUUGGAAGAAUCUAGGGAUUGCUUGGCAUUUUGUACAGAACCAGUCUGUGCAAGUUUAGCUAAUGUUCUUGGCAACUGGGACAACCUACCUUCUCCUUUACCAUCUGAUAUUAAAGAAUACAAACUUUAUGAUGUGGAGACCAAAUAUGGUUUGCUUCAGGUUUCUGAAGGCUUGUCAUUUUUGCAUAGUAGUGUGAAAAUGGUCCAUGGAAAUAUUACUCCUGAAAACAUAAUUUUGAAUAAGAGUGGAGCAUGGAAAAUUAUGGGCUUUGAUUUUUGCAUCCAGUCAACAAAUCCAUCUGAACAGGAGCCAAAGUUCCCUUGUAAGGAAUGGGAUCCAAAUUUGCCAUCCUUGUGUCUUCCAAAUCCUGAGUAUCUGGCACCAGAAUAUAUUUUGUCUGUGAGCUGUGAGACAGCUAGUGAUAUGUACUCUCUGGGAGCUGUUAUGUAUGCAGUGUUUAAUAAAGGGAAACCAAUUUUUGAGGUCAACAAGCAAGAUAUUUAUAAGAGCUUUAGUAGACAGCUGGAUCAGCUGAGCCGUUUAAGCUCCAGUACUCUUCAGAAUAUACCAGAGGAGGUGCGUGAACAUGUAAAGCUACUCUUAAAUGUAGCUCCAGCAGUCAGACCAGACGCAGAUCAAAUGACUAAGAUACCAUUCUUCGAUGAUGUAGGAGCAAUGACACUUCAAUAUUUUGAUUCAUUAUUUCAAAGGGAUAACCUGCAGAAAUCACAGUUUUUUAAAGGACUACCAAAGGUUCUGCCAAAACUACCUAAGCGUGUUAUAAUUCAGCGAAUUUUGCCUUGCUUGACUUCUGAAUUUGUGAAUCCUGAUAUGGUACCCUUCGUCUUGCCUAACGUUCUCUUAAUUGCUGAGGAAUGUACCAAAGAGGAAUAUAUCAGGCUCAUACUGCCUGAUCUUGGUCCUGUUUUUAAGCAGCAAGAACCAAUCCAGGCAAGCAACAUGAUAUUGUUAAUCUUCCUGCAAAAAAUGGACUUACUUCUAACCAAAACUCCACCAGAUGAAAUAAAGAACAGCGUUCUACCAAUGGUUUAUAGAGCUUUGGAAGCACCUUCAAUUCAGAUCCAGGAGCUUUGCCUAAACAUAAUUCCCACAUUUGCCAAUUUAAUAGAUUACCCAUCAAUGAAAAAUUCAUUAAUUCCAAGAAUUAAAAAUGCAUGUUUGCAGACUUCUUCUCUUGCUGUCCGGGUAAACUCACUAGUGUGCUUAGGCAAGAUUUUGGAGUACUUGGAUAAAUGGUUUGUGCUUGAUGAUAUUUUACCUUUUCUACAACAAAUUCCAUCAAAGGAACCUGCAGUGCUCAUGGGAAUUCUAGGUAUUUACAAAUGUACAUUUACUCACAAGAAGUUGGGAAUUACCAAAGAACAGCUUGCAGGAAAAGUAUUGCCCCAUCUGAUUCCUCUUAGUAUCGAGAACAAUCUUAAUCUCAAUCAGUUCAAUUCUUUUAUUUGUGUUAUAAAAGAUAUGCUUAACAGAUUGGAGGCAGAACAUAAAACAAAACUGGAGCAACUUCAUGUCAUGCAAGAGCAACAGAAAUCUUUGGAUAUAGCUAACCAAAUGAGUGUGUCUGAAGAGGCAAGAUCUAGUGGUACAAGCAAUCAGAUUGACAAAGUAUUUAAUAGUAGUGGAACUGACCUUCUAACUAGUGGAUCUGAUAGUAAAGAGAAUGAGAUGUCAUCAAUACAGAAGAAGGCAUCGCUUACACUGGAAGAGAAGCAGAAGUUAGCUAAAGAACAAGAACAGGCACAGAAACUGAAAAGCCAGCAACCUCUUAAGCCACAAGCAACUGCAAUAACACCUCCAGUGAAGCAGACAAAAGACUUGACAGAUACCUUGAUAGAUAAUAUGUCAUCUUUGACUAGCCAUCCUAUCAACAAAGCUCAACUUGCAUCUGCAAACAACUUCUCUUCUGUUCCUUCUAUGGGUGUUGGAAUGGGAUUUUCAUCACCUGUUGACAACACAAAGCGAAAUAUGACAAAUGGACUAAAUACAAAUAUGGGUUUUCAGACUGCUGGAUUCACUAUGGGAGCAGGUCUCGCCACUCCGAAUUUCUUCAGUGGUCCAAGUGCAACAGGAGCAACCAAGAUGAACAUUGUACCAACUGCCAGUAUGCCAAAUUACAGUCCUAUGAAUGCUGCAUCUGCAGUCUCUCCACUGACACAACAAAACAGACCCCCAGAUAUGUCUGCUUUAGAUAAUCUUUUUGGUCCUCAAAAACCCAAAGUUAGCAUGAAACAGUUGGCUCAACAGAAAUCAAGCCAGUGGGUUAAUCAGUUUGUACCACCACCAGGGUCCCCGAAUGCAAGCAGUUCAGUCUUGGGACCUCAGAUGAACGUGAUGGGACAGCCUGGCUUCGGUAUACAGGGUAAUCCUUUCUUUUCUCCUCAGAACUUUGCACAGCCAGCAAACACAAUGACAAACAGCAGCUCAGCUAGUAAUGACUUAAAAGAUCUUUUCGGAUAAAAUGUUUUGUUUUCUUCUUUCAAAGACUGAUGAAAUUUGGAUCAUGGGUAAGCUGAUUAACAUCUUUUUUUGAUUAGUAAAAGCACGAUUCGGGGAAACUUUCAGCCCAGCAAAGACUUCUGCACUGGAAAAAAGGCUGAUGUUGCAUUCAGCUGUACUGCAGUGGAAUUGUGCAAGUGCAAAGUAAUCUUACAUGCUAAAGAUUUCCUGUCUCUUUACCGAAAAUGAGAAUGAUGAAUGUAGGAUGUAUAUAUACAACUGAAAAAGAAGUAUAUCAGAAUUGUUCAGAGGUGUACUCAAUCAACUCCUAUGAAGUUUCAUACAAAAUUUUGUUUCUUAGGCUCACCAAAAAUGCUUAGGGUAUAAUGAUUCUAGUGAAUGCAACCCUCCACAAUUAUUCGUGUUGCCUGAAUUUGGCACAAACUGUCAUUUUGCCAUAUGACAGUUUGAAAAAAGGAAAUUCUUAUGCUGGCCCAAAAAGUUCAAUAGCCAUGUUAUGUAGAAAGAGCUCUAAACAAUAACUCUGAAAGAGGCUAAGAGAGCAUAUUUUGACCUUCUUUUCUAUCUAUAUAGGAUAAUUAUAAUUAAUAUGGUAGUAAACUACAACAAGAUUCAUCAGGCAUAAGAAGUUGUUUUAAAAUUUUGUACAAGUUUGGGACAGGGUAAGAACACUGCUUCAAAGGUCAUGCUUGUUUACAAUCUCUUUUAUAAUGCCAGAUCCUUGUUACAAGCCCCACAGCAAAAGCAACGUACCACUUAAGCAGGAUUUUAAAAUACAUGUGGUGACUUCAUCACAUUUAUUAUAUAUUUCGGUGUUUUGGCUUAUUGGAUACUGCUUCUAACUGAUGUGUAAAAAAGAAUAAUGGUAGAUAUGAAACCUCACAAAAUGAAUGUUCUCUGUAAAAUUCACAUGCUGACUGCCACAACUGUGUAACUAAACAGUUCUGUGUAACCAAACACACAUUAUAUAGUUACACAGAAAUAUCUUGAAUUAAUCCAUUAUUUUUGGCUCAAUUGAGAAGAUGGAAAAGGAUUGCCUUGUACAAGUUGCACAUGGUUUUGUGAAAAAGCAGACUGCCGUAAAUUGCCUUGACGAGAAUGAACUAUUUAAUUUUGUUUUAACUCAAGUCGUUAUGAAGGAUAGAUUGACAUAAAGUGAGUUCUCAAAUAUGGAUUUGUAAGCUCUAGAAUAUAUGGUAAAUACACAGGUAUUUCAGAUCCUUUUUACUGUAUUGCUCUAAAGUCAAUAAAGCUCUCCAGAAAUCCAAA